AUGAGUGUCGAAUAUACUGUUUACAAAGGCUCUGAGGAUGGCACCAUUGUCGAAGCUAGGACCAGACGCGAUGCCCCAAAAUCAACAGAGGUGUUACUGAAGAUAACACACUCCGGAAUUUGUGGUACAGAUGAACAUUAUAUCCAUAAGGACAUGGGGCUUGGACACGAGGGUAUAGGAAUCGUCCAGAAGAUUGGUGAUGCGGUCUCAAAGGUCAAAGUUGGAGAUAUCGUCGGGUGGGGAUAUACGCAUAAAACGUGUGGUCGAUGCGAUUCAUGCCUCCGAGGCCGAGACCAGUACUGCAUCAAUAAAGAGGAAUACGGGAGCCAUAACUUUCAUCAAGGGUCUUACGGAACACACGCUAUCUGGGAAGAAGAUUUUCUAUUCAAGAUUCCCUCACUACUUGAGCCAGAAACUGCGGCCCCGCUGAUGUGUGCUGGCGCGACAGUCUUCGGUAUCAUUGAAGCCUAUAAUGUCAGGCCUACAGAUCGAGUGGGAGUCAUCGGCAUGGGUGGACUUGGGCAUUUGGCCAUCCAAUUCCUCGCCAAGAUGGGUUGUGCUACAGUUGUGUUUUCCGGGACGAAUGCGAAGAAGGCCGAGGCUAUGGAACUGGGAGCAACCGAGUUCGUGGUGACCCGCGGAGUGGAGAAAUUCGAGGGUGUAGAGCCGGUCGACCAUCUCAUUAUCACCACUAGUUUGACUCUGAAUCUGCGACCUUAUCUUUCUGUUUUGAAACCGGAGGCGAAAAUCUAUCCAACAACAGUUACCGACGACGACCUCCCAGUGCCAAUAAUGCUUCUAAUUGUCCGUGGCAUCUCGAUCCAGGGCACAGCAAUCGCAAACCGUGCAAUCUAUAACCGAAUGCUCGAUUUCGCGGCGCGCAAUAACAUUCGCGCCAUCGUUGAGCGCUUCCCAAUGACGCUGUCUGGUGUACGAGAAGGAAUGAGGAAGCUCAGAGAAGGAAAUAUGCGCUACCGAGGCGUGCUCGUGGCUGACCUGUCGCCCUAA